GACUUCGCGGCGGACCCCGGGGGUGCCCAAACCGGUGCUGAGGCGCUGAGGGCUGGCGGAGCAGGCGGGGCCGCCUCACGCAGUUGCGGCCCGCAAGACCAUGGGGGGCUUGAAGGACGAGCUGCUUAAGGCCAUUUGGCACGCCUUCACUGCGUUGGACCUGGACCACAGCGGCAAGGUGUCCAAGUCGCAGCUCAAGGUGCUUUCCCAUAACCUGUGCACGGUGUUGAAGGUUCCACAUGACCCUGUUGCCCUUGAAGAGCACUUCAGGGAUGACGAUGAAGGGCCUGUCUCCAAUCAGGGCUACAUGCCGUAUUUAAACAAGUUCAUUUUGGAGAAGGUUCAAGACAACUUUGACAAGAUUGAAUUCAAUAGGAUGUGUUGGACCCUCUGUGUCAAAAAAAACCUCACAAAGAGUCCCCUGCUCAUUGUAGAAGAAGAUGCAUUUAAAAUAUGGGUUAUUUUCAACUUUUUAUCUGAGGACAAGUAUCCAUUAAUUAUUGUGCCAGAAGAGGGUUAUAUGAUGAAAAAAGGCCAUCGACGGAAAAACUGGACUGAACGCUGGUUUGUCCUAAAGCCCAACGUAAUUUCUUACUAUGUGAGUGAGGAUCUGAAAGACAGGAAAGGGGACAUUGUCUUGGACGGGAACUGCUGUGUGGAGUCUCUGCCUGACAAAGAUGGAAAGAAAUGCCUUUUUCUAAUAAAAUGUUUUGAUAAGACCUUUGAAAUUAGUGCUUCAGAUAAGAAGAAGAAACAAGAAUGGAUUCAGGCCAUUCAUUCCACCGUCCAUCUGUUGAGGCUGGGCAGUCCUCCACCACACAAAGAAGCCCGCCAGCGCCGGAAAGAGCUCCGGAAGAAGCUGCUGGCAGAGCAGGAGGAGCUGGAGCGGCAGAUGAAGGAGCUGCAGGCCGCCAACGAAAACAAGCAGCAAGAGCUGGAGACUGUGAGGAAGAAACUGGAGGAAGCAGCAUCCCGUGCAGCAGAAGAGGAGAAGAAACGCCUGCAGACGCAAGUAGAGCUGCAGGCCAGGUUCAGCUCGGAGCUGGAGCGAGAGAAGCUGAUCAGACAGCAGAUGGAGGAGCAGGUUGCACAGAAGUCCUCUGAACUGGAGCAGUACCUGCAGCGUGUGCAUGAGCUGGAGGACAUGUACCUAAAUCUGCAAGAGGCCCUUGAGGAUGAGCGCCAGGCCCGGCAGGAUGAAGAGACGGUGCGCAAGCUGCAGGCCAGGUUGCUGGAGGAAGAGUCUUCUAAGAGGGCGGAGCUGGAGAAGUGGCACCUGGAGCAGCAGCAGGCCAUUGCCACCACGGAGGCGGAGAAGCAGGAGCUGGAGCACCAGCGCACUGAGAAGGAGCAGGCGCUGCAGGAGGCCAUGGCACAGCUGGCGCAGCUGGAGCUCGAGCGCAAGCAGGCGCUGGAGCAGUAUGAGGGCGUUAAGAAGAAACUGGAGAUGGCAGCUAAUACAACAAAGAGCUGGAAGGACAAAGUGGCGCAUCAUGAAGGAUUAAUUCGAUUGAUAGAACCAGGUGCAAAGAACCCUCACCUCAUCACUAACUGGGGACCUGCAGCCUUCACCCAGGCUGAGCUGGAGGAGAGAAAGAAGAACUGGAAAGGGAAAAAGACCACGGAGUGACCGAGCGAGGCUGAAGUCCCCUCUGCCGUGUAGAUACGAGUGUGGCCCCAGAGCUUUCUGCUGAAGACGACAGAAACCGGCUUUGCUGCUGUAAUGCUCCUUCCCUCUUCUUUCCCUCCGGGCCUCCCCGGGGUCCAGCUCCUAAGGAGGCCUUCUCUACCUGCCCGCAAGCAAAGGCUUCCCUGAAAACAAAAAAGUCCAUGUUGUCAGGCUCUUCCUUUCCUCUUCCCUUGAAACCUUGGGCUUCUGAAAAUCCCAUUUAGCUCAGACUCUCUUCUAACUGAGGCUGAGCACAGACCCAUGGUGCCCUCCGUCGCUGCAGUGCUGUGGCCCCGAUGGUGAGAGCCUCUGUGGCUUACAUCUCUGAGACCUGCCAGUCCUCCUGCUGUUCUGUGCCGGUGACACAGAGGCUGCUGGGUGCUCUCCCAGGGAAGUCCUGGAGUCACUGCCUUUUCCUGGUCGCUUAUCUACAGUGUGAUCUGGUUAGGGGAGCUUUGCUGGCUUCUGCUGACGAGUUUCUUCCCAGCCGUCGUGCGGUUGGCAUGAGUGGCUCCCAUUUGCUUUCCCUCACCUCAGAGAAGACAUCCCUGUGGCCCACACUCAACCUGAUUCUCUCGGUAUUCUCUCGGUCUUCUCUCUGUCCAGCGAGCAACAGGCUACCUGGCCUGUGCCAUGCAGCAGGAGGAUCACGUGUAGUAGAAAGAAGCCAGUUUGAAAUAAAAGGCAUUUGGAUAAUUUCUGCAGCAGAUUAUAUGGUCCUGGGCAGUGGGAAGUUGACCGUGUGCGAGUGCAGUUAGGUGUAAACAUCAUAAGGAUGGGGUUGUCACUGUAUUCCCGGGCUGUGGAGCUAGCUCUCAUCAGCUGGGCAGCUUUUCUGCUUUUCCUUGGGUGCCAGGGAGGAAAUACCCAGUAAAAAUAAGUGUAACAAGGAAAUUGGGAUCAGAGGGUCUAUGCAUCUGAUUUGAAAGAAAUAUUGGGAAGGUUCUCGUAUGUAUCUUUGGAUUGAGAGUAGUAUUUAUGAAAUCAAGCCUUCUAAUACUGGUUAUUUAUAAGUAGCAAUAACUUCAUAGACAGCAAUGAUGCUUACAGUUGUACAGAAAUACAGGUAAUUCCAUGGUUACACAAAAGACAGAAUUCAGCAGAAAUGUGCCAGUCUUGCCUGGGAGGACAGAGCAAGGGCAGGGAACCUCAUGCCUUCUUACUCUAGCUUUUGGGAGAGCAGUAAGGAAGCUCUUCCUUAAAGAUCUAUGCAUCUAGACUGUAUGGUUUUAGAGAUUUCAGAGUAGGUAUUUAUUUACACAGGAGGAAACUGGAAUAUAAUUCCAUAAAUCUUCACCUUUUAUGACUGGAAAAUAUUUGCCAAUGAAGUAGUCUUUAGAAAUUUGUCUUAAGGUUUUUACUUGUUUAAUAAAAAAUGUAAUUUAAUGAUCUCUUAUAGUUGGUGUUAUAGUUUAGAUUUUUAUCUGAAAUAUCUUUAUCAUGUGCCUUCCAAAUUUCACGGUUAAUUUGGGUGUUGGUUUCUGACCAGCCACUUAUCAGUAUUACCAUUUUAUUUGGUGGCUGGCAGGUACAUUAGGCCAAGUGAGAAUGGAACUCUCCUAUGAUUACACCAGGGGGCUCCAUGGUCCCUUGAAGGAAGGAGGAAAAGACACAAAGACGCCAGUGACCUAUUGUGGAAGACAGUGUGGAUUCGGGGUUCUAUAGUCCAUGUGUGGCAGGAGGGUGAGGGUGUGGAACGAGCCCGUUUCUGCACUGGGCAGGUGUGAAGUGGCCGUGAACCUUGGCAGAAUAUCCCUCAGGACACCCACAGCUGGCAGCCUGCCUCACGGUGAGGCCGAGGCCACUGCUUUCAUGACCAGACCGAGCAGCUCUGCCGUGGCUGUCAGAGGUGUCUGUUUCGUGCUCAGUGGGACUGGUUUUACACUGUGGCUUCAGUGGCACCAUCUCCAGGGGCAGAAUCUUUUCAAACAACAGAAAAGACAGCACAGGAAGGAACCAUGGUGAGCUGACAUUUUGAUACUAGUUGAAUUCCUCAAAAUAUUUAAAAUGGUUUAGCUCCCGGAGUACAGUAUGUAUAGACUCCUGGUUACUUUUGUAACUACUGUACAGAAAAUUUCAGGAGUGUUUUGACUGUUAAUUGUAAUCAGGCCCUUUUCCUCAAUGAAUCGAGAUAGGAUAGGAUCAUUUAUAGGAAUUAUGCAUGGAAAAAGUUUGAAAAUGUGUUUUUGUGAUUUGCUAUAUUGAGCAGGAACAAAAUAUUUAUAAUUUUCAAACACUUAUCUAAACACUGUAUAAUGUAAUAUGCUCAACUUUCUUAAUGUUUUGCUAAUUUUUCUAAGAUAUAUUAAAAUAUUAUGUAUUUUUUUUAGUAAACUGGACCCAGUAAGAAAAUUAAAAAUACCAGAACAUCAUACCUUCUAAACCGUUGGCUUAAUAAAACUGGGGUGAAGCCGUG